AUGCUUUUAUCGUUGUGCCAAAAAGACUCAGCUUACUAUAUUAGUUCGGAAAAUUGUCUCAAAUCGAAAACAACACUUGAGUGGUGGAGAUCUACACUUGUAAAGUUGCAGUCAAAUCUGAAUGCCUCAUUACGAAAAUGA